AGUUUAUAUUUGACACUGACAGUAUUAAUGACGGAUGACGGGUCAUUCUGCUCUUCAGGGGACAGUGGUUAUAAAAUAUAAACAAAUUUAUUAUGGCUUUUCAUCUAAAAUAACAAUAAUUAAGUAUUCACAGCUUUGAAAUGUUUGUAAAUAGUUAUUUUUCAAUAUACUAAAUUAGUUUAGUUUUCUACUAAACUGAAUAUUAAACAAUGAAAAGUACAGUAACUAUAGUGCCAUAUUAUAUAGAUUCAAUAAUUUGUAGUUGACUGGAGAAUUGGUUUCAGUCUGUGAAGGAAUUUUUUGAGGCAAUGCAAAGUAAUUCUAAAGCAGGACGGAGGAGGUACAGUUUGGGACCCUCAAAUGGGCAAUUGCCUAACUUGCUUCAAGGAGCCCAUUCAGAUGGCCCCAGACGACUCAAUCAACCACAAAAAUAAAGAAGAAAUGACCGAAGCUCAGUUAUAUCCAGCACCGAGUCAUGUACCAGCUCCUACCGCCCCUCCAGAAACAAUACUAAGUAAUGGCAACCACUUAUCUGCACCUCCUGAAGUAACUGCCAUUAGCCGUCUUUAUCCGUCUAGUCGAAGAACUUAUUCUAAAUCCGCCCCGAUCAUGGGUACCUCUGAAAGUAAACCUUCAGAAUCAAAGUUAAUUAGUCUAUUUGAACAAUAUAAGGAUAGUUGUGAAGACUGUAUCCUUGCAGAAGGUAUAGAACAAUUGUGUCAAGACUUAUCUAUAUCUCCUGAUGAUUUCAAGAUACUAGUACUCGCAUGGAAACUAAACGCAGAGCAAAUGUGCUGUUUCACCCGCUCAGAAUUUAUAAACGGACUUAAAUCAAUUCGUGCCGAUUCAAUAAAGUCAAUCCAGAUACGUUUACCGGAACUAGUUAGUGAAGUUGAAAAUAACUAUGAACAGUUCAAAGACUUGUAUCGUUUCACUUUCCGUUUUGGACUGGAUUCCUUUUCAGGGCAACGAAUUUUACCAACGGACAUGGCAAUUAUUUUGUGGAAAUUAGUUUUUACAAUAAGGGAACCUCCGAUUCUUAAUAGGUGGCUUAAUUUCUUAGAAACCCACCAAAUAAUUAGAGGCAUACCAAAAGACACAUGGAAUAUGUUUCUUAAUUUUGCUGAUCAUGUAGGCAAUGAUUUGAGCUGCUAUGAUGAUAACGAAGCUUGGCCAAGUUUAUUUGACGACUUUGUUGAAUAUGAAAAUGAUCAAGCUAAUCAGAAUAUUUCUAAGGACAUAGAAAAGGAGUCUGAUGGGUUUAUCAUCACAAAAGAUUGAUUGUUUCUUUGUAAACUUUAUCAUGAGCAAACUGCCUAAGUAUUUUCAAAUUGUGAGGAUUAUUUUAUUUUGCCAAACUAUAAUUAAUUGGUUGAAAAAUAUUUCAUAAGAUUAUUAUUCAAAAAAAAACAAAAAACUAGUUUAACGCAUUGACGGAGCUUUUAAUUGGUAUAUAAAUAGAAAAAUAAGAAGAUUUGGUUGUUUGUUGCAUCAAAUUUCAAGAACCUUACACCUCAGACAAUGAGUACUUGAGUAGUACUAAAACAUAAGUACUUUUAUGAAUUCUAGUACUUGGUAGACUACUAAUUGAACUACAGAAUGUGGUAAACAAUAAUACGCAGAUCUCAUUUAUUAUUAAUAAAACUUUUUGUUUAAAUUUGCGGAUCUCUUGCAAAGUAAACUGAAAUCCUCGCACUUUGAAUACAGUAUUUUGUAUAUAAAUAUACAAAUGAUAUGUUGUGAUAUGAUUGUAGCUGUUUUAAAUUACUUUUAUAAUACAAAUGUUGAAUUGAACACAUCGCUUAUUAAUAAAAAUUGUAAAUCUAUUUAACAAGUGCUAUAAGGGUGCUAAACGUUAUAAUCUGUAUUGGAGGUAGUUAAUUCUUUUCUUAAGAACUUGGUGACUAUUUAUGACUGAUGGUCAAUCACAUUUGGUAUUGUGAGUAGUCACAAAUUCCUUCCUUUUGUGAAAUGUAUAAGAACUUAUCUUUUUACCAAGUUCAAAUUUCUCCAAUGAAUCCAGGCAAUCAAAUAGUUGUUUACCAUUCAUAAUUAACUAACAAAUGAAUAAUGGAUAAUAUAAUGAACAUAUUUAUUAAUCAAUAGAUAACGCAGGUUUUAGUAAAUUUAUAUUAAAAUACUGAAUUUCUUAUGUAACUGUGGUAUAACAAUUUUAAAUAUCAGAAAGUUAUUAAGAGGACUGUCAAUUUUAUGCUUACCACUUGAAAACAAGCAGCUAGUGAUGUCUUGACUUAUAGCUGUCUAAUUUGUUAUCAUAGUAAUAUUUUGGAAACUUAAUUCCACACCAGCACCUCUAGUAACAAAUGUGGUAGGCUUUCUAACAAUGAUUUACAAAGUACAUAUUAGAUUUGUUUUGCUUUUGCUGAGAGUAACGUUUAUACCUAAAUUGGAAUUUUUGAAACCGUUAGUUCAUAUUCAUUCACACUGUUUACACUACCAUUAUUCCAACACUCACAAUUACACUGUCUGACGCGCGUUUCGAUAACAAAGUUAUCGUCUUCGGAGACUGGAAGAAACAUAAUACCUAUUAAAAUGACCUUAUUUAUUCCAAAAUUUCCUAUUUUCGCGGAAGAGAGUUGGUUGGUGGGAAAAUUUGAUAUACAUAGGUAGGUUGUAAAUGUAAAAAUAAAAACAAAUUAACCUACCUCUAAACAAACACAUGUAUAUUUCAUUAAUGUUGUAAGUUAUAGUAAGACUAGAUAUUUUGAAUUCUACACCUGAAUCUAAUAUUAGUUCUGUAUUGAUUUUAUUAACAAAUCACAGAGAUGUCUAUUUUUUUCUAAAAGAUGAUUGAAUUUAUUUCUUUGAAAUCUUAACUUUGGUUAGAAGAUUUUGCAAUUUCGCGACUGUUUUGUAUUCAUAAAUAAAAACAAUUUGGCAUAUCUUUAGAUCUGCAUAUCAUUACAGAAUAAUGUUCAAUAUGGUCAUUUUUCAUGCAGAAAAAUUAAAUUAUAGAACAACAAAUAUUAUAUCUCAUAAAAUAUUUAGACGAUGUGUUUAAAAUUCUACUUAAAUUACAUAUAUCCAUUCAAAUAAUUUAACUAGGUCAUUGAGAGCUCUAUUUUCAAAUGUAAAUUUUAAACAUAUAAUUAACCUUUGCAAGAGAACACUUUAGGUAGAUUUAUAUUUAAUACACAGGGUACAGUAGUUUAACUUUCUUAAUACUUGAUAAAACCCAUUGUAUUAAUUGUCCAUUAACUUCUUGGGCUAUUAGUCCAUCUUCAAAAAUAACUAUUACUCCUUGAUGUUUCAGCAAAUUGUGCAGUUGGUAUUCGCUGCUCCGAUUGAUUCUAACUGAAGCAGCAGAGAGACCUAAUAGCCCAAAAGAAACAUUCAAGUAAAUCCCAUUGUAGUGAUCGAAUAAAAUUUGGUUUUUUAUAAUGAUGGCAUAUUUUUAUUUUCUUUCAGAUUGUUGGUUAUCAUUGGUCCAUUGUCAAAAACAACUAUUGCUUCUUGAUGUUUGAGAAAAUUGUACGGUUGGUAUCUGCUGAUUCUAACUGAAUCAGUCGGAGCACCAGAGAGACCUAAUAGCCCAAGAAACAUUCAAGCAAAACCCAUUGUAGUUUUUUUAGAACAAUCAUCAAUGCCAUUGCAUCGUCUUGUAACCAACUGUCCCCUAACUCCAACUCAAGUAACCAUGUUCCUGAAACAUGUUUAUAUACUGGUCUGAAUUGUCUUCACUGAGACAUCAUUCUCCUUAAAGAACCAAGCACCAAUAUCUGUGUAAAUUGCGGAUCCAAGUGUGUCAUCAGAAGACUGUAAAGAAUUUUGAAGCAAUUUUAGGGAAUUGGUGUCAUCCCAGUAGAGCGUUUUUUGCUGAUGGUUCCAUAUAAAUGUAAAUGGACUUCACAGAUUCAAGUUCGAAGUGGCGUCUCUCAAAAGAAAUCACCAAGACAUCAACCAAAAAAGUUAUGCUAUUGCACCCUCUUUCAAAUAAAAAAUAUAUGGUCAAAUGUAUAUAGUAAAAGAUAUAAAGCAGGAGGUAUUUAUUCUUGAAAUUUACAAACACCAACCAGCCUUGAAUCUAUUAUUUUCAAUUUUACUAUCUUAACGUAGAUUUUUAGAAAACAACCAUAAGGAAACUUUUAUUUGAAAUUAGAGUGCUUAUAGUACGUUAAGCCUUGAAAAUAUUGUACCUAUUGUUUGGCAACAAUAUAUAAAUUUAUUAUGGUGAUCGUUAAAGAUUAAUUUUUUGCGAUGCCUUCUAAGAAGCUUGUUGUUGAUGAAAAAACACUGGGAAUUUUUUUUUGAUUCAAAACACGUACUACUACGCGAUCUAAAUUAAUUUUUGGGUAUAAUAAUUUUUUCUCUGAAAGUAUCUUAUUAAAUUUGAAAUAAUAAUUUCCAUCAACAAAAAGUUUUUUAGAUGGUGUCGCAAAAAAUUUUUAACGACAACCCCAAAUUUUAUUAUACCUUUACAUCAAAAACUAAAUCACCUGUUUGCUCAUAUGUUGUAAUGAUUCUUAUUAUGUACCUACUUUGUUCUAAUCUUGGGUUCGUAGAAUUAACUAACUUAAUCUAGGUACAUAAUAAGAUGAUCUUAAAAUUUGGAUAUAUUUCAUUGUAUAGAAACAAUGAAAUAUAUACUUCUAUAAAUUUUAUAGAUUAACAGUCAAAUCUUUUAUAUUUUUAUUUGAAGAGUGGAAGGAAAUACUUAUUUAUUCAUAAAAUUAACAAUGUUUAUGUAUGUAAAUAAAAAUAAAUAAUUAAA